UCAGGAAGCACUAAGAUAAACAUGUUUCCUGAACAAAUUCAGUUACAAUCAGACCAUCAUCUGAUCUAGGUCAACCCCUGCACAGACAGAACAGUAAGAAAGGAGAGACUUAUAGACAAGACAACGUGAGAGACGAGUGCAUCUCGUGCCCACUGUUUUACUUGUAUGUCUCACUUCUCUGAAGCUCAUCAUGAAGCACACGACAGCUGCAGAGCUCUCUGAGUACACAGAAUAUGACUACCCAAACUCUUCUUUCUAUGGUGAAAAUGACGAUGACACUGCUGCUGCCCCCUGCAGUCUGAAGGAAACAUGGGACAUUCUUGGUCACUUUGCCCCCGUGGCUUACAUCCUAGUCUUUAUCUUGGCACUAGUGGGUAACAUCCUGGUUCUGUGUGUGAUCCGCCGCUAUCGCCAGUCUCGACAUAGCCCCUGCUCCUUCUCACUGACAGACACCUUCCUGCUCCAUUUGGCCAUCUCUGACCUCCUACUGGCUAUAACUUUGCCAUUUUUCGCUGUCGAGUGGAUCAACGAGUGGGUCUUCGGUGUAUUCAUGUGUAAAAUAGCUGGAGCGUUGUUCUCGCUGAACGUCUAUUGUGGGGUGCUUUUCCUGGCCUGCAUCAGCUUUGACCGAUACCUGGCUAUUGUACAUGCCAUCAAUAUCAGCUGGAGGCGCAAGACCUGCCACGCUCAGCUGGCCUGUGCCACCAUCUGGACCGUCUGCCUAGGAUUGGCGAUGGUGGACGUGUACUACCGUGACGUGGUAAAUGUAUACGGCAUAAAUCGGAUGAUGUGCCAUAUAGAUUAUUCUCAAGAGAACAGCCAGCAAUGGCAUAUCGGAAUGCAGCUGAUUAGUAUGAUUAUUGGAUUCAUACUUCCCCUACUGGUCAUGCUGUACUGCUACCUACGCAUUUUCAAAGCACUCUGUCACGCCACUCGUAGGCAGAAACGGCGCUCCAUGAGGCUCAUCAUCUCAUUGGUCAUUGUCUUUGUAGUCAGUUGGGCACCUUAUAAUGCCUUGCGGAUGACCGACAGCUUGCAGAUGCUUGGGGUCAUUGACAAAACCUGCAUGCUCAACAAAGUGCUAGAUGUGGGCAUUUUUGUGACAGAAAGCCUGGGGUUGGCGCAUUGCGCUUUAAAUCCACUACUCUACGGUCUUGUGGGGGUAAAGUUCCGUCGUGAGCUUGCCCAGAUGUGCAAGACUGCUUUAGGACCCCAGGGGUGCCUCGGAUUAGCAGGAUGGGCAAACGGUCGGGGAUCAGCCCGCAGGCAUACUGGAUCAUUCAGCUCGAUGGAUAGUGAGAACACCUCGUACUUCUCUGUCAUGGCCUGAAAAGACUGCAAAUGAUGCGAACAAGAGUGCAAGAAUAGAAGUGGCAGUUGUUUUUAUCUGGAAUCGGGCAGAAACCACAAAAAAAAAAAAAAAAAAGAGAGAGAUAUUAAAACUUUUCAUGUUCUUUUUUUUUGAAGCAAGGCAUUUUUUAAUGCAGUGUUAACAUCUGUUCUAUUCUGGAGGAGGAGACUUUGUCGUUAAUUUUCUGUUGUUAUUAUUAAAGAUCUACUGUACCUGCAUGUUUUUAAAUAUGAAGGAGAAUAUCCAAAAAUGUAUCAGUUUCUUUCCAAUUUUGCUGCAUUUUAGCUACAGGGUCUAUAUAGUGAUAUAUUCAUAUUUUAUAUCUUUUGUAUUUUCCAAACAUAAAAAAAAAAUGACUAAAAAAAUGCUAUAGAAUUGUUCUCAUCAAUUCUGCCUUUGUGGCAGCUGUAAUCAUGACAAUGAAUCAUCCGUUGAGUUGUCUGGGUCUGGUGUCACAAACAGGAACUGAAAACAGACUCCACAUCCACUUUUUUUCUUUUUCUUUUUUUUUAUAAAUGCUUGUCAUAAAUAAGGCUGUAACAUCAAAAUGAGUUUAGUUUAUCAUUUUAUUAACCUGUUGUUUGAUAUUUUAAGUAAAUGACAUAACAUAAUACAUAACACAUCACAUAGUACAUAACAGAUAUGAAUAUGACAGGAUGCUUUCUCCAAAUGUAAUUUCUGUAAAACAUUUCUAUUGUUAUUUUUGUGAAUUCCGUGUUUCCACCUCUGAUAAAGUGUAGAUUGCAUUAAACUUGUAAUAUAGA